GCUGUCAGAAGGGAGUGUUUACUCCUUUUCCCCACGGAACUGUGUCUUUUAUUAGACGUUCUGUCCGGGGUCGAGAUGGACAAAGUUUGUGCGGUUUUCGGAGGCUCCAGGGGUAUCGGCAGGGCUGUAGCCCAGCUAAUGGCACAGAAGGGCUACCGUCUGGCGAUCGUCGCCAGAAACAUGGAAGUGGCCAAAGCCGCCGCCGGCGACCUCGGCGGAAACCACUUGGCAUUUAGCUGUGAUGUUGCUAAAGAGGAGGAUGUUCAGCAUACGUUUGAGGAGAUGGAGAAACAUUUGGGUCCAGUAAAUUUCCUGGUAAAUGCAGCUGGCAUUAACAGAGAUAGUCUCCUAGUGAGAGCAAAAACCGAAGACAUGAUAUCUCAGCUUCACACUAACCUCUUGGGCUCCAUGCUGACUUGCAAGGCGGCCAUGAAGACGAUGAUUCAGCAGGGUGGAUCCAUCGUUAAUGUAGGGAGUGUUAUUGGUUUCAAAGGCAAUGUGGGCCAGUCCGUGUACAGCGCCACCAAAGGAGGGCUCAUUGGGUUUUCACGCUCGCUUGCUAAAGAGGUUGCACGGAAGAAAGUCAGAGUAAAUGUGGUUGCACCAGGAUUUAUUCACACAGAUAUGACAAAACACCUGAAAGAAGAACAUUUCAAGAAAAACAUCCUUCUCGGGAGGUUUGGAGAGGCUCUCGAUGUGGCUCAUGCGGUUGUGUUUCUCCUAGAGUCCCCAUACAUCACAGGACACGUUCUGGUUGUAGAUGGAGGAUUACAACUCACCAUCUAAUCAGAGAUGAUUCUGUUGUGAUGGCUGUUGAUUGGGGUCAAGUGUACUUUUUUUAUUAAUUAGGCAAUCAUAUCUAUAUGGGUGACAUUUGAUACUAAAAUGGUUCUAUCUUUAUAUGAACAUGUUUCAAAAGAACAAUGUGUGACCAGUUGUAGUCUAAAAGGUAUGAAUUCUCUAUUUUUAGAAGCCAUAGAAAUUUUAGUACAUAGACGUCUUGUAAUAUGUCAGAAUUAAUUUAUGUAUCUUUACCUUAAAAAUAGAAGAUUCUGUUGUGAUACAGUUUAAUUGUAUCUGCUGGGUUCCUAAGACACCAAUGUUGUGCUGUUGCUAAAUAAGAGUAUUUGCAGAAGAUUGAGAUCAAUUUUUUAUUUGUUACUUUUUGUUGCUGUGGUAAAACAUCACGACCAAAAGCAACUUAUCGGAGAAAGGGUCUCUUGAUGCUUAUGGUUUCAGAGGGAUGGAGUCCAUCAUGGCAGGGAAGGCUGGCAGCAGUCAGGGAAAGCAUGGUGGUCGGAGCAGGAAAGCUAGCUGGUCACAUUUCAUCCAUACACAGGAAGCAGAGGGGGAACAGGAAGUGGAGCCAGGCUGUAAAAUCUCAAAGCUUACCCCCGAGUGACAUACUUCCUCCAGCAAAACUGCACUUCCUAAAGGUUCCAUAACUUCCCCUAACAGUGCCACCAACAAGGAACUGAGUGUUCAGACAUGAACCCCUAAGGACAUUACAUGCAGACCAGCACAGCACUGAGAAGCCUUGCUAAGGUUCACCUUUUAUGUUGUAUGUUGUAUGUUGUAUGUUGCUAAGGUUCACCUUUUAUGUUGCAUGUUGCAUUUUGAGGCAGGAUAUCACAAUGUGAGCUUCUUCCUCGGCUUGGGAAGCAUUGGAAGUAGAGAUGAAGACAUACAGCUGUAUGCAAUAGAGAUAGCAUUCCUUCUGCCUUGAACUCUCGUGGGCAAUAAAGAACUAUUUUUAUAUUUACCAUCUUCCAAAUAGUUUUAAUAUUUUAGUUUAAAAAGUAAUGUUUUUACCAAGUGCUCAUAGUCUCAGAUACUUGGUCAGCUGAGGCAAGGACAUAACAAGUUCAAGGACAUGCUAGGUUGCAUCAUUCAAGGUCUGGGGAUGUGGUAGAGCACUUGCCCAGUAGAAGCAAGACCCCAGGUUCAAUCCUUAGUGCUUCAGACUAGAACAGAACCAAACCCAGGAAUCCAGGGGUCAUCUAAUUGCUGUUUACAAGUGGAACAUGGUCUAAAUGGGUUUUUGUUUA